CCACCGAGCUAAAGCCGUCGCUCUCUCGGCCAUUCAAACACCACCUUGAGAUUCGCGGGUUCGUGUAAGUGGCUCGGGUGCAUUGAACAAUUUCGAUAUUUUGCCAUUUGGCUCUGUUCCAGCAAUGUCGCUUUCGCCGAAUCUCAAUGUAAAGUCAAAGCAAAGAGAUCCGCCACCGUCUUUGUUUCUUCAUCCCUCUCCGGGAGCUUCACAUGUCUCCUUGCCUGGUAUCCUAGCGGCUGGCGCGCCGACAUCAGGCGUUGGCGUCAAGAGAGAAAAUUCAGUACACAACAGCGUGAAAUCAGGGAGGCAUGGGUCUGCCAGUGGACCAGAUGGCCAAAAAGACUACAGAACACUCAGGACAUCAGAGAGCGGCCGCAGCACCGAUAGAACCGACGCGCUAUGGGCGGAGAUGCAGUCCACACUGGAGGAGGUAGAACUCUCUGCUUCAGGUGGAACGCAUGUGUUUGGCCCGGAACAUGACAAGCGGUUGGCAGAGCUUCGUGCGGCACAGAUUGCGCUUGCUCAAGCAUGGGCACGAAAUGAAAUCGAUACCUCGGCAGACACUGCUUCCAAGGGCAGGGCCGAUGAGAAGGGCUCCGAUGAUGUAAGGCCGGUAACCAAGACGCAACCAAACGAGACAGCUUCAAAGCUUGCCGAUGGUGAGGAUGGCUCUAAGGCUGCUGUCAACCCAUCAGCAGCGCGAGCUUCCAACGACAAUGAGGGCGUGGAGAAGCUGGGACUGAGGUUAGAGGAUCAAACUGAAGCCGACAUAUUGGUGGCCAGGAAGAGAAGAGAAGCCAAUGACUUAUACUUUGAAAAAGUCAAUAAUGGUGUACUUGAUGUGGUCGACAAGCUGGAGCAGGUAGCCAUUGCGAUGAGAGCUGUUGAGCAGGAGAGCAAAGACGUUGUCUGGGGAGAUAACGCGCCAAAGGCCACAAAUUAACCGCCUAUUUUGUAUAUAGAAUAACGAUACCAUGUCAUACUAGAAAUUAUACAAUUCAUUAUAAUAAUGAAAUUUUAUUUACCAUUAUUUCAAUGGUAUAUCCAAAAUCUAACCAUCUAUUCGGAUGGUGGCGCUAAGCCCAAAAUAGCAGU